AUGAAUACUAUCAGCUACGAUAAGGCGCAUUGCCUCGCCACGCUCGAACAACAGCGUUCAGCAGUCAGCACUUCUAUUCUGGGACGCAACCGACGACGUGAAGAAACACGAGUCACGGGAAUUUAUGGUGAUAAAUGUAAAGCACAAGUCGGACGCCAGGUUAGAGGCAUUGCGCGUACCUUUAAGCUAGCGCGCCGGCACUCGCUGGAUCGGCGGCGGCGGAAACUGGGUGAUCCCGCUCGAUACGAUCGGCGUCGAGCGAUGAAGCAUGAUCCCGUGGCUCUGACGAACUGGAAGGUCGAUUACAAGGAGGACCAGACGCCAAAAAUAACGUUCAGCAGCUCAAACGCAUUUGAAGGCAUCCUAAGGGAGAAGCAAGCAAGCAAGGAGCAGGAUCAGCUCAAGAACACGAGAUUCGUUGAUGGCGAGCUCCUUGAUCAGUGCGAGGUUUUGCGAACACGAUAA